UCCCUUUUUCUGACCUACAGUCGAAAUACCUUCCUGGUUACAUGUAAUGUUACGGAUAAUCAAUUUUUUUUUAUCUAAAUGUAGUCUAUUUCAAGAGCGUUAGUUGGUGCACAUAAUGAAUUAAAGUCAUGGAAGUGUCAGGGCGGAAGGAAUGGAAAUCAAGCCCUUCUACAAGAAGGAAAAAUAAAUCUGAUAUUUUGUGCCAACCAUGUCAAGGCGAAGGGGAAAACGUUCAAGCGGAGGGAUAUUGCGAGACUUGUAAUGAGUUUUUAUGUACUUCCUGUUUGAAGGUUCAUCGGAAGUUGUCGGCUACGAAGAACCACGUAAUUAAAUCCAAAGAUGAAAUGCCCAGAAUGCCGAACGUGACGGUUCAAACCGAUUCUUGUUCAGAGCUGUGUGCCACCCAUAAAACAGAAAUAGUGAAAUUCUAUUGCCGGGGACAUGAUAUAGUCGGCUGUGGUGACUGUAUGAUUUUAUAUCAUAAAUCAUGUGACGUUGAUUUCGUUUCUGAGAUAUCUAGCAACUACAAUAACAGAGAACAGAUGAGUGAGAUCAAGCAAAAUCUAGAAGCUCUUGAGAAAGAAAUAAGUUAUCGUCGACUCGAAAUUAAACGCAAUGUAAAAGCUACGGGUGAAAUGAAGAACAAAAUAAUAAAAGAAAUAAAACAAUUUCGGGAAGAAUUGAACAGAUAUCUGGACCAUGCUCAGGAAAAACUUUUAAAGAAAGUCACAGAACUGAAUGACGACAAUAUCUGUCUUCUCAAUAUGUUUCAAUCUAACUGUACAUCAGUGGAAACGGAAAUAAAUGAGUUAAAGAGUAAACUCAGUCAGAACUCUGACAAGAUGAAUCAGCUGUUUGUUACAACCAAGCUCGCUAAGAAGAAAAUGCAGUUAUGCAUGGAAACUUUGGAAAAUGUUAAAUCAAAAUAUCAAACAAACUAUAUCAAGUUUGAACCCUCCAGUGAGUUGAUGUAUCUUAUAAGAAAGGAUCUGCCUCUUGGAAUUCUGACAAAGGAGAAACACACAAACCUAAGAAUUCUGACAAGAGAUAUCAAGAAAUUCACAACACAAAGGCAGACAUGCAGUAGUGAUACGAAAGCAAAGUUCGUAAAGAAGGUGGCUGCUCAAGGUGUCAAUGAAGGUGAAUGUUAUAUAACAGGAUUAGCAAUACUUCCUUGCGACGAAAUUCUGCUUGCAGAUUCUCAUAAUUUAUCGCUGAAGAUUUUAAAUAUCAGAGAACAGAAAAUCGUUUCAAAAUACAAAAUACACUCUCCACCAUGGGAUGUGACAAUGAUCGGUCGAGGGAAAGCCGCAGUAACUUUACCCGCUAUAGGUAGAAUUCUAUUUGUGAACAUAGAGAAUGGUGAGACAGAAGGUCACAGUUUGAAAGUAAGGAACAGAUGUUUUGGAAUUGACCAUAUGAACGGUUUAAUUGCAGUGUCUUUUUGUUCGCCAUCUGCCAUUCAGAUACUUAAUAUGAAAGGACAUAUUCUGCAUGAGGUCACAAAAAUGUUUGCCUGGCCUAGUUAUAUAGCUUUGAGUAAAGACUGCAAGAGCAUGUACGUGUCGGACUUUCAUAAUCAGUCUGUCUAUGAACUUACAAUAGAUGGACAUUUGAAAAACACGUACGAAGGCGAAUACUUGUAUCGGCCAAGAGGUUUAGCAAUUACCAAUGAUGGAAAUAUCGUUGUUUGUUGUCCAGAUCAGAAUAGCACGGUGAGCAUGAUAAUAACAAAGACGGGAGAAAUUUUGAACUUUCCUGUGCAACAUGUGCAGAAGCCCUUCACUCUUCUUCUAUGUGAAGACCAGAACAAGAUGUUCAUUUGUGAAUACAACAGAUCAGCUGACAGGAACUAUGUCCAAAUAUUUGACUUAAGAUAAAAUUACAAUUUGUAUGUGUGAUGAUCUAUAUUUUACUGGUGUAUUUCUAUAAAUCUUAAGAGAUGUCUGGUGCAUGUUAAAUGGACUGACGACAAAAGGCCUAGAUAACUAAUCUAGGCAAAUACUCAAACGUUUACUUGUUUAAACUUAAUCACAAACAUUUUUUCACUUGUAAAACUUAUCAGCAGACUUAUUUCGAUGACUGUUACCAUCUAGUUCUAAUGUACUCGAAUUGAAUGAUACAUAAAACAAAAGUUAAAUACGCCACACUGAUGGUUUGAAUUUAAAACUUUAAUAUGGUUGCUACUCUUAGACUCAACUUUAAAUUGGCCUGUCUGAUGAACUUCUUGUCUAAAAGUAUUACCCUUUUCUUCAUUUGACACAGAUCAUUGAGUUUUUACUGUAAGUCAGUAACUUUAUUAUAGAAGAAAAAGUAAACAAAGUUUAAACAAUAAAUACAUACAUAACGUGCCCAUAUUGUCAUAAUAUUAUUCAAGCAGUAUUGUUGGCGAAAGAGAUGUAUAGCGUCAUUACUAUUCUAUUAUACUCAUUACUUGUU